AUGUGUUUGCUGCAGUUGUAAGGAUUGCUGCAGCUGUGUAUGAAGCGAUAGGACCAGCUUUGGAGACUAUUGAGAAAGACAUGAAGAAUAUGAAGUCUGAUAUAGCAAUCCUCAGCCAAAAGGUUGAUAAUCUCACAGAAGAGGUUGACACCAGACUGGGUUCUCUGAAUGAAUCAAUGAGAGAUGAUUUCAGUGUUGUUGAGAGAGGGUUAAACGGUCUCAAUAGCAGAGCUAACAUGAUAUGUGACAAGAUCGACGAUCUUCCUGUUUACACAUGUGGAGGUACUGCAAACUGGAGACGUGCAGUCUACCUGGAUAUGACAGACCCCAACACCAGCUGUCCCUCUGGCUGGCAGCUCACUAGAUACUCCAAGAGAACUUGUGGCAGAGUUAGUCCUGGAUCUGAGACAUGUGACUCAGUCUUCUUCCCUGUCAGUGGAGGACCAUACAGUCAGGUGUGUGGCAGGAUCAGAGCCUACCAGUAUGGAACACCUGAAGCCUUCUGGGGGUAUAACAGAGGUGGACAAACUACAAUUGAUAGUGCCUAUGUCAGUGGUGUGGCUGUAAUGCAUGGCAGUCCUCGACAACACAUCUGGACAUUUGCUAAU